AUGGAAAUUAAGCCUGCAGUCAAAGCACAAGUAGAACGCAGAAAAGGGCGACUUGGAAAGGUCAAUCAACUUCCCCGUUACCGGGCAGGCCAACUACCUGAAUAUGUGAAUCCGGACGAGCUGGACUCGUCCGUGGGUGAAAGCAGCGACUCUGAUGCCAGCAGUGAGUCUGAUGCCAGCAGCGACUCUAACGGGACCGAGGGUGGCACUGGCCCUGGCCCUGGCGCUGACCCGGUUGCUGAUGAAGGUGCGGAUGGAGGUGACGGAAGAGUGGCGGUUAAUGACCUAGAUGGUGAUGGGUUUAAAGGACCGGACGCCUGGGUCAGUCACCCUUUGCUGGGGUAUGGUGGGGCCGAGCCGGCGUUGGACGACUUGGUGAGUGAGAGCAGUAGCGACGACGAGCCAGCGUUGGACAUGGUUGCAGUUAAGCCGACGUUCAAGGGCAAGUCUGAGCGCCAGGAGUUGGAGGCUCGACGUCGCAAGGAGGAGUUGCAGGAGCAGCUGGAGCGGCUGGAAGCCGAGCGACAGGCACUGGAAAAGGCUGCAGAGACGAGACAGAUUGUGCAGGAUACACUUGCGUCGGAGCGCGCUGAGGAGGAGCGCGUGAAAGAGCGAGCAAUCCUCGGAUUCGAACCCGGGACCCAAGGUACCGAGUUGCCCUGUGACGAAAUCCCGCCGGAAGAUGCCAAGACAGAAUAUAAAGCCUGGCAACAGAGGGAGCUCUCCCGCCUGAAACGAGAUUGGGUCGAAGCGAUGACGGUCCAAUUCGGCACCGACCCCGGUCCGAUCGAAAAGCUGUUGCGGCUCAACGACGCAACAGAGGAUCCAGCCAGUGACGACGAACAGCGAAAGGCCGCAGCUGUGCCGGGCUUGGGCCUCUACCUGCUCCUCCUCUCCCAAGAGGUGACCGCCGCAAUUGGUAAGAAGCCUGUGGUCAAGGGCAAGAUGGGGUUCAUGCAGAAAUACUACCACCGGGGAGCGUUUUAUUCGGAUGUGACCCCGCAUGAGAAAUCUUUUGAGAAAGACUUCAACGCCGCCGUCGGGGAAGAUCGAUUGGACAAGACCCUUCUUCCCAAAAUACUACAAGUGCGUCGAGGGGACUUUGGGAAGCGGAGCCGGAGCAAGUAUACCCAUUUGGUAGAUCAAGACACGACAGACCGGACGUCGGCUUGGGGCAAGAGUGGUGGACAGAAGCGGCAGAGGGACUCCUAG